GAACCCGAUUAAAGCCUCAAGAAUUACAGAGUACGCAUGUCAUCGGUUUUUAGGCGGGAAAGGCACGAACCACUUUAUUGACCUCGAACCAAAAAACUUCCAAAAAGUUUCAUUCUUUCGAUUCCCUCACAUCGAUUUCUUCCCAUUUAGUAUCGAAAUCGCCUUCUCUUUCUCGAACCCACAACAUGCGGUCGAUAGUAGCUUGCGGAAAUGGAACUGAUGUGAAACCUGAGGCUGUUUUAGAACCGGCGCCAAUGGAUUCUCAACUCGCACGGCUCCAACUCCGCCAACGCUGGGAGUUGGCUUCCAUUCUCAACUUUCUCAACGUUUUUGAGCCAGUUCUUGGGAUGAAACUUAAAAUUUCAGCUGAACAAAUUGAGAUGGCCCUAAUCGAGCCGGAUGAAUCUCUUUCUCAGCUUCAUGUUGCACUUCUGAAGGGAAUACCCCCAGUGAGCAAAUUACUGAAUACUUCAUUUGGUUGGGUGACUGUGCUAAGUAAGAAAGUCAAAAUUUGGUGGCCAUGGGUUGCUGAAGGUGAUUGUCCUCUGAGUCCAGCCAAAGGAGAGGAAAUACACACUUACAAGGCAGCCAGUCCAAUAAUCCGCCUACUUCUUCUUAAAGCACUUUGUGAAAUACGAGCUGAUCAAGAUGAUAUAUUGUCUCACAUUAAUGAUUCAAUAAAGAAUGGAACUGCUCUUUCUGCUUUCCGGAAAGAUAAGUUCGGAGGAGAUGGAUGUGGAAUCUCAUAUUGGUAUGAUGGGAAUGAAACUAUUGGUCACAGGUUGUACAAGGAGAUUGUUAAAGUUGAGUGUAAGCCAAAAGUUAGGGGGGCGGGAAACACACUUGCGAUGAAUUCUCAAUGGGAGACACUCGCGACCAAUGUUGAAGAAUUCCGUGCCUUUGCGGAUAAUGUUUCAUGUAGUGAAGCUAAAUGGGAAGAAGCUGUGGGCAAGGCUGUUCAGGCUGAUAUUAUUCCUGUUCUUGAGAAAAUACAGAAGAAGAAAGAUAAGGUUCUGCAACGGAAAAGAAGGCAAGAUGUAAUUCCAAAUGGUUUUGGACAGUUAGCUUUUACUCGUUCCUGUCGGAAUCGUGGACCUGUCAAUUAUAGAUUUGAUGAUUACGAUAAAGCUAUUAAGGAGGCCAUAGAAGUAACAAACAAUAAGAAGACCACCAAAGAGAAAGGCUUUAGAAAACAAUAUAGUGAGCAGGGUACUGUUAAUGGAACUGUCCCUGAAAAAACUUUGCCAUCUUGCUCAACUGAAAAUGAAUCUACUAAAAGUGAGGUAAGUGACACUGAGAGUGACCAUGAUCAGGGAAGUGAUUAUGCCGAUUCCACCAGUGAUGAGAAUGAUGGGGAAAAGACUGCUGAAUCUAGAGAAGAGGACUCCGUCAAUACACAAUCAGAGGAUGAUAUCAUGACUGACUGCAGUGAUAAUUCAACAUUACUAGAGGAUCCACAUUGCAAGAGACCGUCUGGAAAUGAAGGAGAUACUGCUGAUUCAGAAAGUGAAGAAUAGACGCAUUUUCUAAAUCUGAUGAUUUUUGAGCUGAUAACAGUAGGUUAAGGUUAGAGAUUUCAGAUUUAUUCUCAGGUAAUCAAGUUCCUAUAAACAGGGGUCUCUUCUCCAUUUACAAAUGUUGGAAGGGCAAUGACUUCAUCAACUGAAUAGCCCAUAUCUGUGAAGCCAUUCAAGUCGAGGUUGUUUCUUGUACUCGUUAGACGGAUGUUUACUUUUUGUAAAUGAACUAGCACAUAUUAUUGGGAAAUGUUGUAUGAAGGCAAUUUUUUGGUGAUUAUGCCUCUCAUUUCGUUACCAACUUGUUUGCCAUUACUUUUUUAUGAAGAACAUUAUACAGGCUUCUAUCAAAGCAUCAAUUGUGCUCCCAAUGCUCAUGCUCUUUUUAAUAGUUG